AUAAAAACUGUGCACGAAUUUAAUAUUAAAAUAAAACAAAUUAGCUAAGAUUCUAAAGUAUAUAACAAAUACAAAUAGCGUUUUUUGUAAACUGCUCGUUAUUGCACUAUUUUUCUUUGAAAAAUUUAAUUUUUGACGUUGACUGCCGCAAUUGGAAGCCUCUUCAGUUUGUGUUUAGCAUUUCGUCGUGGCGUUACAGAGGAAGAGCGGAAUAGAAGAAAAUCGAUCAUGAUUUAUAAAGAAGAUAGCAUUUAUAUUUGGUGUGACGAAGAAACAACAAUAGAAUAUUGUUUCGACAAAGAACCAAUUGUUAUGCGAUAUAUUAAAACUGAACCGUACUAUGAGGGUCUACCGCCGUUCAAUGUAUCCGGCAGUCCAUUUAAUGUGGUACCUAUACACACUUAUCCCGAGCUAAUGCCGGCCACAUGUAAGCUAAUCAAUGCAGAAUGGCCACGUAGCGAAACUGCACGUAUGCGCUCAUUAGAAGCAUCCUGUGAUACACUGCCUUGCAGCCUAGUUCUAACUACAGAUGGCAUGAGUCGUGUUAUUGCCCAUUGCAAACUCAGUCCCAUUUCAUCAAAGAAGAAAGCAUGCUUUGUUGAAUCGGUAGUGGUUGAUAAAACAGUUCGUGGUCAAGGCUUUGGCAAAUUGAUGAUGAAAUUUGCAGAGGACUAUUGUCGCAUUAUAUUAAACUUACAAACGAUUUAUCUAUCGACAAUUGAUCAGGAGGGAUUUUAUGAACGCAUUGGUUAUGAAUAUUGUGCGCCAAUAUCUAUGUACGGACCACGUCAUUGUGAACUGCCUAGUCUAAAUAAUGCCAGAAAGAAGUAUAUGAUGAAGGUUUUAUAGAAUUAUGAUGCUUAUAAACACUACAGCUAGAAAAAAUUUUACAAAAAUUUUUAGUAUAUAAAGAUUAUAAAGAUUAGUUCAACAAAUGCAACUUAAGCAAAUUUAAAGACUAAAAAAUUUUCUGCAACAUAAUUGUGAAUGCAGCUAUUGU